AUGCCGAAAUACGUAUUCCACUAUUUUCCGAUAAAAGCUCUGGGCGAGUCGGUUCGUCUGCUGCUGGCGUAUGGUGGCGAGGGGUUCGAAGACCAUCGGAUAGAUUUGGACGACUGGCCGAAGUUUAAACCAAAUACUCCCUUUGGACAGAUGCCAGUCAUAGAGUUUGACGGCAAGCAGUACGCUCAGAGUAUCGCCAUCGCUCGGUACUUGGGUAACAAGUACGGUCUGACUGGAGAUACCCUGGAAGAUAAUCUGGAGAUCGACCAGAACGUCUACCUCAUCAAUGAUCUUCGUAUAAAGGCGGCAUCAGCACAUUACGAAAAGGACGAGGUCAUUAAGGAGCAGAAAUAUAAAGAGCUCUCUAAAGGAGCUUUCCCAGACUCCCUAGAAAUGCUUAAUGCUCUCUUUGCUAAGAACAACGGUCACGUCGCUUUAGGAAAGUUGACAUGGGCUGACUUCAUGUUUGCGGGUCUAUUUGAUUACUUGAGCGCUAUGAUGCGUAUGCCUGAUCUUGGACAGAAGUACCCCGCCUUGCAGCAGGUAAAGGACAGAGUAUACUCCUUACCCAAGGUCAAGGCUUAUGCUGAUGCAGUUCCUGCUUAG